UGACGUAGGUUCCUCUGAAUGACGUUGGGGGGAAGCCAGGUCUUCAUGCGAGAGUUGUCAUCUCAUAUGUCGUCAGUUCGUCUAGUUAACAAGGAGAGAUGGGAUAUGCAUAAAAAGGUUAAAUGAUUGGAGGAACCCUCAAAGGAAAACGGUUCCUGUAGCCUAGGAGACAUCAGAUCUACACGAGUAACAUCAACUGAACAUACCAAGAUCAACAAACGACUUCUCCAAUACCAAUACUAGCCCCAUUUCACAUCUUACCCCUUGACAUCCUACCCUUUGAAGACAACAAUUCUCCACAAUGAGCAACAUCGCCCACAAGACUGAGCCGCCCGGCUCCUGGCCCUGCAACAAGGGCGAGCUGGGCGACACAAACCAGACCCAGGACCCGACUGCCGCGGAACCGCGCUCGCCGCCAGCCGUGCCAGAGUACGGAGGCUUCAACGGCGGCAGCUCGGGCGAGUGGUCCCAGAGCGGCGACUAUACUCACCGAGGCCCCCAGACGAGGCCCCGAGAGACGCGGGAGGGCCAGGAGGAAGAGGAACAGCAGCAUGAGCCGAUCAAGAUGAAAGACGUGGAGCCGCAGCCUGUCGGCGAGACCGAAGAGAGCCAGGAAGUGGGCACUCAGGGGGAGGAGGAGAAGAAGACGGUCAAAGAAGGCGAUUCUGCCGCCGGGGUGGAGCAGCAGUCUGAGCAACAAGAGUCCAAAGCAGAGACCGGCGAGGAUGUCGAAGCCCCCGCUGAAGCUGCGACCGACGCAUCGCUCACCGAGAAGGCCAAACAGGCGUUUGAUCAAGCCUCGGAGAAUCAGCCAACCGACGCCGCGCGCAACUCGUUCCUCCAGGCAGCCCGGAGCAAAUUGACCAUCCCCAAGAUUGGCUCCUUCUGGUCCCAAGGAGGGGAGGAGCAGAAGGCCCCGGAGCCCGAGGUUUCAGAGGAAACCAGCCAUGCCCCAGUCGAACCCAAGGAGGAGGUGCAGACAGGAAAAGAGGAAGAGAUUCCCGCCGCCGAGGACAAAGCAGCCCUCGAGCCCCAGGAGAAGCCCGCCGAGGGCGAAGAGGAACCAGCUGCCACCUUAGCUGGCGAAGAGGAACAACCCACCGCCAAAACCGGCGAAGAGGAACCAGCCGCGGCCGAAACCCUCGAAGAGCCACAACCCCCCGCCGAAGCCGAACCCGCCGAAGAGGAGAAACCCCAACCCGAAGAGGAGCAACCCCAGCCCGACCUCAGCAUCCUCAAAGACGGCACCGUCAACAAGGGCGGCAACGUCGUGUCGCGCGACGGCACCGUCGUCGGGCGCGUGGUCGAGGGCGAGGUCCGGCACCUGGUGGGCAACAAGGUGGACGAGAACGGCGCCGUCUGGAGCAGCGGCGGCAAGGUGGUCGGCCGCGCCGAGGUCAUCCCCGACAGCGAGCGCGACGAGAUGCUGCGCGAGCCGGCGCCGUUUGAGAGUUUCCCCGAUGCGGUGGUUGAUAAGGACGGGAUGGUGGUUACGGAUGGGGGGGAGGUUGUGGGUAGGGUGGUCGAGGGCGAGGUCCGUGUCCUGCGCGGCAAGGCUGUGGAUGCGGAUGGGGAUAUCUUGGAUAGGGCUGGGAAUGUGGUUGGGAAGGCUGAGCGUUGGGAGCCGGAGCCCGAGGCGGAGCCGGAGCCGGAGCCCGAGGUUGAUAAGUCGGUUCUGGCUGGGAAGCGCGUCAACAAGGCGGGUAAUGUGGUGGAUGGGAACGGGACCAUCUUUGGCAGGGUUGUGGAGGGCGAUGUGAAGAGGAUGGUUGGCCGUAUGUGCGACAAGAAGGGCAAUAUCCUUAGCGAGAGCGGCGAUAUCCUCGGCAGGGCUGAGCUUGUCCCCGAGGGCGAGCGUGAGGGCUUGAAGGAAGGCCCCUUCGCUGAGCUCCAGGGCUGCACUGUUGCCAAGGAUGGGACCAUCGUCACGCCGGCCGGGGAUAUCGUCGGCAGACUGAUCAGUGGAGAUGGCAAGAUUUUGUUCGGCCGCGCCGUCGAUGAGGAUGGCGACAUCCUCGACAAGAACGGCAACACGGUGGGCAAGGCCGAACGCUGGGAGCCCGAGCAGGUGGAGCACAAGAAGAACCCCAUGUCUGGCCGCCGCGUCAACCGGGAGGGCAACGUCGUCGACGAAGACGGCAACCUGAUCGGCAAGCUCACCUCUGGCACGCUCACCAUCUGCUCCGGCAAGGAUAUUGACGACGACGGAGACGUUGUCGACUACAAAGGCAAUAUCAUCGGCCACUGCUCGCUCCUCGAGGACAUCCCCGAGGAACCCAAGGAGGAGUCCCCGGAGGAAAAGGAGAAGCGCGAACAGGCCGAGCGGGACAAGAAGCUGGCCGUGCAGAUGUCCGUCUGCAUUGAGCAGUGUCUCGACAGCAUCCGCCCCAUCUGCAAGCUGAUCACCGAGAAAAUCGACAAAGCCGAGCGCACCCCCGAAGACGAGCGCGACGAGGAGGCACUCGUGCAGGAAGUGCGGCCGCUAAUCGAGGAAGGCGGGCGCAUCCUCAACGAAGCCAAGGGCAUCAUCAAGGGUCUCGACCCCGAGGGCCGCAUCUCGGCCAACGCCAAGCACAAGACGGCCGCCCGCGAGGCCACGCCCGAGGAGUACCACCUUGCCGAGGUCCUCAAGGACCUCACCGGCGACGUGACGCAGUGCAUCGACAAUGCCAAGCGCAAGCUCGAGGACAUGCCGCAUGCGAAGAAGGAGCUGAACCCGCUCUGGGGCUUGUUGAAUGAGCCGCUGUUCCAGAUCUUGGCGGCUGUUGGCUUGUUGUUGGCUGGCGUUCUCAACCUCGUGGGUAGACUGCUGAGUGGACUCGGACUUGGUGGCCUUGUCGAUGGUAUUCUUGGAACCCUUGGCCUAAACCGUGUCCUUGAGAGCCUUGGUCUUGGGUCCUUUAGCAAGAGCUUGAAGAGCGGUAAGAAGGGUGGCGGUGGACUGCUGGGUGGUGUAUUGGGUGGCUAAGCAAGCGGAUGGUUAAGUUGGACUUUGCAGAAUGGAGGACGGUAAUGGCAACUGGUGGGAAGUUUGUAA